GGUCAGUUGGUGAUGCUCAGUAAGCUCUGAUUCUCAUCGGAUCCUUCGUCAAUUAUUGUGCUAAAUCUGCGAAAGCAUGGCCCCUCUUUCCUCUACCAGUCCGUGAUCCAAUUGAGUUCCUUUUCCUCUGUGUAGGAAAACCCUAAUUCAUUCCUGUUAUAACUUAGAAGCUAAAGGAGCUAUGGAGCCUUAUGUUGGUGGACUUCUGAAGUGUUGUGUUUGGGACUUCGGAUUAGGGUUGUUAUAACUUAUUCCCAAUAUUGAGCUGAACUGGUGUUAUAUGUGAUGGGUGAAAAUGUGUUGGAUAAUAUAUUAAUGGACCUUGAUUUGAACCAAGAACCUCCGGACCCGCCUCCCGAUUCAGUCUUAGGAUUCAGAUCUAUCUUAAACACUUUGGAGAGUGCCCACAGUCGGAUAGAGGAGAGAAUCCGACAUCUUGAAUCCGUGACGGCCCGAGCUUGGGAACGCCAUAGGUUGCGCCGCACUCAAAACUUUUCAGAUACUUUUGAUGGGCGAAUUGGUAAUUCUGCUGAGGGUAGUGGUGGUGUUGUGGGUGUGAGUUCUGGUGGUGGGAGAGGACACAAAAGGGACAACAGCCAUUUGGUGGCAAAGGCAUUGGCUAUGGAUUCUAAUGUGAAGAAGGGUCACAAGGAUGGUGCAACCUUUUUUGAUUGUAAUGUAUGCUUAACCACGGCGCGGGAGCCUGUUUUGACUUGUUGUGGUCAUUUGUACUGUUGGUCGUGCUUUUUUCAGUUGCCAUAUGUUGAUUCUAUGGUCAAGGAGUGUCCCGUUUGCAUGGGAGAUGUUGCAGAUGGUAAGAUCAUUCCUAUCUAUUGUAAUGGCAUCAGUAACUGUGGAACAAAGCUAGAGUCUGGUCCAAAGAUACCACCAAGACCGAAAGCGCAUCGAGUAGAAAGUGUUAGACAGCAACAUCUGACAAGGGGCUUAUCUCAUAUUCCAGUGGCGGAAGCACUAAGGCGAAUCAGGGCCAGUAUUGGAAUGCUGGAGCCACUAAAUCCGCUAGAGCAAAUUGGCAUUAAUGUGGAUGUUGCUACUACACCUUCUCAGCCUCAGGGGCUCCCAAAUGGAGGUGACAGCCGCCGUGUACGUUCCCAUGAGUUCUCAAGGGUAUUAUCGGAAAGUGCUGCUUCUCUGUCUUCAGAACUAGAUAACGCGCAGCGCAUAUUUGAGGACCUUGCUGCAUCAAUUUCUGACCGCUUAUCACAAAGAGACGGUGCUCAAGAUUCGUCGACAGCUGGCGACUCUUUUGUAAGAGAAAAUAACGGUGCACGACUGGAGCACCAAAUUCUGGAAACCCCAACUGAGAUAAGUUCUUCUGCAUCUAUUCCUUCCUCAUCUCGUGGAAAUGAAGAUUCCGAUGCUGUUGUACAAUUGGUAAACCUGAUACCCACCACAAGUGGUGAAAGGGAUCAGCCCUUUACUCGUUCUUCUUCAUCUUCCAGUAUAAGGUUUUCUUUGUUCAGAUUUUCAGAUGUCAAUAAUGAUGGUUCUGACCGUGAAACUAGGAGAAGAUUGAACUGACGACUUCUAACUAAUAAGCACCAGCAGCAGCCCUAUUUAGUGAUUGGUCACUAUGGUGGAAUUUGUGAUCCAUGGGUUCUUCAAAAAGUGUUAACCAUGCAAAGUGCAAGUCGGUUGUAACCUGUAAGCUCGUAAAGAGGUUAUAUUUUUUCUGUCAUUGAGCAUGUUUACAGGCUGAAAUAUAGUGUUGAUGAAUGUUACGAAUGUUACGAAAGUUUUCAAGGGUACCAUGACUUUCCUUAUACUCUCGCAAACAAGUAAUUUUCGAUCAAUAUCGUCCAUGGAUCCCUCAACUUGAGUAGCUCUCUCAUAGCACUUGGGCAAAGUGAAGCCGCACAGCUUUGCGCCGUUGAUCAAACAACCCUAUCCACGUGUCUAUUUGAGUACUUUCGGAACUACCAGCAACACAUACAAUGCAUGACACUUCAACAACGUAACCAAAGUCCAUGUAACAUUCUUCUAUUAAGCUAAGAGUGGGUUUUCUAAAGGCUUCAAAUGGGAGGUCUGUAGUUUCAUGGUGAAUGAAACUAUAGCUCCCAG